AUGAACGAGAAGAUCUUUCGGUAUCUGACUCUGUUAUUCCUGUUCGAACUGGCCAGUUCACUGCCAGUGGAGGAUAAACUGAAUAUUAAAAAAGUGUUCGAGAAGAGGGCCGUGGACUUCACACCGUUUGCCCACUACCCAAGACCCGAAGGUUGCUCAAGUCCACCAAACUCAGUAAGCGUGGGUUUGCACAUGAACCUUUACAACUACCCUUACCUGUACGUGAAACCUUCAACAAAAGGAAUGUUCACUAAUGAUACAAACAGCGACUCCGACGGCGAGACUGAUGGCGAUUCUGCGGGCGGAAUUGAAGGAAGGGCCGGUCAAUGUUGGAACCCAGAGUACCAGGACCCCAACUUCCCACGUUUCGGGUACAAACAAUACGGUGAAUUUGGCGCUAGUGAUAACGUCAAUGGUGAUAUAUCAUGGGACCACAAUGAGUUCACAGAGGGUUGUAAGCCCGUGCUGGCAGCUUUGCCUCCAGGCUAUAACUAUCCCGACGAGAUAACGUUCUCAAACUUCACUAUGGUUUUGUCCGGCUACUUCAAGCCAAAGACCUCUGGUGUCUAUAAGUUCGAGUUGAAAGCAGAUGACUUUAUUCUGUUUAACUUCGGGGCUAAGAAUGCUUUUGAAUGUUGUAACAGAGAAGAGUCCAUUGAUAACUUCGGUCCUUACGUCGCCUAUGCCAUGUGGCCUAAUCAAGCCGACCAAGAAUUGGAAGUGUACUUGUUCGAAGAUUCAUACUAUCCAUUGAGAUUGUUCUACAACAACAGAGACUACCACUCUAAAUUCAAGAUCGGCUUCUACCCACCGGGACAGACCACGAUCACUUUCGACUUCGACGGUUACCUAUUCAUGUUAGAUGAUACCGGCAAUGAAUGUAGGGACUCGAUUAGAUACAGAACUGUCUGUGACGAUAAGGUCGUAGAUGACACUACUUACAGCACCCGGUACAGUACAAGUAUGGUUCCUGGUGGUGGUUCAGAUGUAAUAACCAUCUAUUAUAUCAGGAUGAAGUGUGAAGAGGAAGAUUGUCUUGGUCAAUGGGAUCCAAUCAAUAACGUCUGCUAUUCUCCAGAUGAUUGUGCCGAUGACGGCGGGUACUGGAAUGGUCAAAUGUGUGACCAAAGUUGUAAGCUAGAGGGAGGUAUAGUUAAUCCCGAUACUGGAGAUUGUGACAAAUCUUGUAUCGAAUCCGGCGGUUUCUUGGAUGAAAAUGGCAACUGUGAUACAACCUGUAGAGACGAUGGCGGUAUGCUAGUCGAAGGGCAGUGUGAUUAUCAGUGUAAGGAAGCAGGUGGUAUUCUAGUAGGAGACCACUGUGACACUACAUGUGUUGACUCUGGUGGUAAACUCAACGAAGAUGGUACGUGUGACCAUAGCUGUAGAGACCAAGGAGGUCAACUGGACGAGAGCGGCGAAUGUGACACUAGUUGUAAGGACAGUGGCGGUAUGUUGAUUGAAGGCGAAUGUGAUACCAGCUGUAAAGACGAAGGUGGUCAGUUGGACGAAAAUAAUGAAUGUAUUAACCACUGCAAAGAUCAGGGUGGUAUUAUAGACGAGAAUGGCAACUGUGAUACGAGCUGUAAAGAUUCUGGCGGUAAGUUAGAUGAAAACGGCGCGUGUGACACUAGUUGCAGAGAUGAGGGCGGUAUUAUUGAUGAGAAUGGCAACUGUAAUACCACAUGCAGAGAUGAUGGUGGUAUACUAGUUGGUGAUCACUGUGACACCAGUUGUAGAGAUGCGGGAGGAAUUCUAGAAGAUGGUAUAUGUAACUCUACCUGUCGUGACUCUGGUGGUAAACUCAACGACGAUGGUACGUGUGACUAUAGUUGUAGGGACCAAGGAGGUCAACUGGAUGAGAACGGUGAUUGUGACUAUAGUUGUAAAAAUGGCGGUGGUAAGUUGGAUGAAGACGGUAAUUGUGAUAUGUCCUGUAAAGAGAACGGCGGUCAGUUGGAUGAGGAUGGUGAUUGUGACUUGAGCUGUAAAGAAGAUGGUGGUAAGUUAGAUGGUAACGGUGAUUGUGAUUAUAGUUGCAAAGAAGAAGGAGGUAUCAUAGAUGAAAGUGGUAACUGUAACACCACGUGUAAAGAUUCGGGCGGUCAAAUUAUCGACGGCGAGUGUAAUUAUGGAUGCAUAGAAGUUGGUGGUGUUGUUAUUGAUGGAGAGUGUGACACUAGCUGUGUUGAUUCUGGUGGCAUCUUAGAUGGAGACGGUAAUUGCGACCGUAGCUGUAUUGAAUCAGGAGGCGUUCUAGAAGAUGGUGCAUGUAACACUACCUGUCGUGACUCUGGUGGUAAACUAAACGUUGAUGGUACGUGUGAUACCAGUUGUAGAGACGAUGGUGGUAUGCUAGUCGAAGGGCAGUGUGAUUAUCAGUGUAAAGAGGCAGGUGGUAUACUGGAGGAUGGUGAGUGUGUUUUCCCUCCUACAUCGUCUUCCACCUCUGAAACAUCCUCGACAACCGAUCAGUCUUCUUCGCAGUCUGAUGAUAGUAGUGUGGAAAGUUCAUCCACCCCGAUGGAUAGUUCCACCAUUGAGAGCUCAUCCUCUGAGAUCAUAACAUCCGAAUCUGAAAGUGAAAGUGUGCCUAUUGCUAGUUCAUCAUCUGAGGUUAUGACCUCUGAAUCAGAAAGUGAGAGUAUACCCAUUUUAACUUCAUCUUCUGAAAUACCUAUUGCAAGUUCAUCUUCGGAAAUAAUAAUACCUGAAUCAGAGAGUGAGAGUGUACCUGUUGCAAGUUCAUCUUCGGAAAUACCUGUUGCAAGUUCAUCUUCGGAAAUAAUAAUACCUGAAUCAGAGAGUGAGAGUGUACCUAUUGCAAGUUCAUCUUCGGAAAUACCUGUUGCAAGUUCAUCUUCGGAAAUAAUAAUACCUGAAUCAGAGAGUGAGAGUAUACCGAUUGAAAGUACAUCUUCUGAGGCUGUAUCUAGUAGAUCAGAGAGUGAUAGUUCAUAUCCAACUUCAACCCCUACAACUACUACAAGUACUACAUGGCCAAAUCCAAUUCAACCCACAACUAGUAACUCAUCUCCAAUUGUGUCAAGCAGUACAGAAACUCCUGGAAUAGCAGAAUCUAGCUCAAGAAUUAGUGAUUUAGAAUCUUCAAGAAGAACAUCAAUCUUAGGUGACGACCGUACCAGAACUAGAACAACUAUUACAUCCACGAUUACAGAAGAUGGUCAAAUAAUAACCAUAACUACAACAGUUACCGGAUUUGUUCCCGAACCAACAGGAGAAACUGAAGGUAAUGGGUCUGAUGAUGAGAAUCUCGAGAACCCAAUUGAAAACAAUACGGACGAAAAUGAAUUCGUAGAUCCAGAAUUUACUGACGAUAUUCCAGAUGAUCCGGCUGGUCCUGAAGAUAAUGGCAAUGGUCCAGUGAACCCUGAACAAGGUAAUGAUAACGAUCCAGUAAACCUUGAAGAUAGUGGUAACAAUGGCGCAGUAAACCCUGAACAAGCCCCAGUGAACGAUGAAGAUAAUGGUGGUAAUGACCCAGUAAACCCUGAACAGGACAACAAUAAUGGUCCAGCUAAUCCUGGACAAGAUAACACCAAUGGCUCUAGUAACUCUGAUCAAAUCGACAACAAUCCACCUACUCCUGAGGAAAAUGCCGGUGAUGGCAAUUCCAACGGUAACGAUCCAGCAGACCCCUCCAGAAGAACCUCUAUCCUAGGUGAUGAACGUACAAGAGCGUCACCAGGAGGUACCUCCCAGCCUACUGGUGCUAAUGGCAACGUCAAUGGUAACAGUCCAGGCGCCAAUGUCAACGGAGGUGGUACAGGAAACUCCAACAACAAUAAUAACAAUAACAAUAACAAUAACAAUAACAAUAACAAUGGUAAUGCACCAAAUGGAGGUGAUGGAAGUAAUGGAGAUGCCAACCAAGGCCCUUCCAGAAGAACCUCACUUCUCGGUGAUGAGCGUACAAGAGCAGGCCAAGCGGCCCCUACUGGAGGAUCCUCGCCAAACAACGGUGUUGCGGGAGAUACGAGCAACAAUGGAGGAGCGAUUGUGUCGCAGCAAGUGGAUGACGGUGGAGCAGGCUCUCCUAGAAGAACGUCGAUAUUGGGCGACGUGAGAUCAAGAACAACGCUGAAUGGAGAGGUUUUGAACUUCGAGGGCAGUGGUGUGAGACGGGCAGUUGCUGGCAACCUAGCCCUGCCACUGAUGAUGGUUGGCCUGGUAUUCAACUUGUGA